CGCGAGAGAGAGAGAGAGGGGAAGUGAGGCUGAGCUUGCUGUAGAUGUUACAGAUUUCGACACAAGACGCUAAACAGCACACGUUCGUUCAGUUUAUUAGUCACGCGGAAAUAAGACACUUUUUGGCGGUGUUUGUUUGGACUUCCUCCAAAUUCCCCUCCCACUUCGAAAUUCAUAGCUCGAAGGGGAAAAGUUGCACACAGUUUCCAACUGUUGAAGGUAGAGCGGAAGUGAGCUCGGAGAAAGGCGACAGGAGCACGAGAGGUUGCUGCAGGACCAGUGUGUUACCGGAGGACCGUCGAGAUGAGUGAGGAGAGGCCCGAGGUCGAGCUCUUCGUCAAGGCGAGAAGUGAUGGUCAGAGCAUUGGGAACUGCCCGUUCUCUCAGCGGCUCUUCAUGGUCCUGUGGCUCAAAGGCGUGACCUUUAAUGUGACCACCGUGGACAUGAAGAGGAAGCCAGACAUUCUCAAAGAUCUGGCUCCUGGCGCUCAGCCUCCUUUCCUGCUGUACGGCUCAGAGGUGAAGACGGACACCAACAAGAUCGAAGAGUUCCUGGAGGAAACCCUCUGCCCUCCUAAAUACCCUCGACUGGCAGCUCGCAACCCUGAAUCAAACACCGCAGGUCUGGAUGUCUUCUCAAAGUUCUCCGCCUACAUUAAGAAUUCAAACCCGCAGAUGAACGACAAUCUGGAGAAGGGUUUACUGAAGGCCCUGAAGAAGCUGGAUGACUACCUGAGCUCUCCUCUGCCGGACGAGAUCGAUGAGAACAGCGCUGAUGAUGAUGUCACUUCCUCCUCCCGCCCCUUCCUGGACGGUCAGCAGCUGACACUGGCCGACUGUAACCUGCUGCCCAAGCUGCACAUCGUCAAAGUGGUGUGUCUGAAGUUUCGAGGGUUCUCCAUCCCUCACUCGCUGACGUCUCUGUGGCGAUACCUGGACGCGGCGUAUGCCCGAGAGGAGUUCUCCUCCACCUGUCCCAGCGAUGAGGAGAUACACGUGGCCUACUCGUCCGUCGUGAAGGCGCUCAAAUAGAAGAAGACUCACACACACACACACUCAUGUGCUUUAUUACCGGUUCUCUUUCCAGAUUGUCCCCAUUUUUCAAUUGGUUCCUGUGUGUCGUGAGUCCAGAGCUUGUUUGCACUAGCAGAAGUCUCAUCUU